CCUCACCUGGACGCGACGGUGACAAUGCUGGCCCGCCAUAAAUCAUGAGAACUGUCCUACAACGCGUCAAGUCGGCCUCGGUCACGGUCGAUGGCGAGCUCGUCUCUAAAAUCGGCAAGGGCCUGCUGGUGCUUGCCGCAAUCUCCAAGGACGACACGGAGAAGGACGUUGAGUCCAUGGCGGGGAAGAUCCUGAAGGCCAAGCUAUGGGACGACGAAGAGACGGACCCCCCUGGCCGCUGGAAAAAGGGCGUCGCUGACACCGGCGGCGAGCUGCUUUGUGUCUCCCAGUUUACCCUCCUGGCCUCGAUGAAAAAGGGCAACAAGCCCGACUUCCACCAGUCUGCAAGUGGCCUCAAAGCCAAGACCCUCUACCAGGCCUUCUUCAAGAAGGUGCAAGACCUCUACGAGCCGGACAAGGUCAAAGACGGCAUAUUUGCAGCUAUGAUGGACGUAGCGUUGGUGAACGAUGGGCCGGUAGGUAUCGACUACACAUGUCUAGACGGAGAGGUACAGCCUCGAUCAUCUCUCGCUGUCAUUUUACCCCCACCACCGAACUUGUUUGACUGACUGCCUUGUCACAGGUCACGAUCCAGAUCGAUACCACUCCCCCAAAGAUGGAGAACCCGAGCGGUUUUAGCACCGGCAUGGGCACCCCGAGUGGAAGUGCCGCUUC